GGCUAUCUAUCAAUUCUUUUUUUCGUUUGUGUGCAGAUAGACGUCCGCCUUGUAUCUCAACCGGAAAAUAGCCUCAUCAAGGAGUCGCCGGUGCAAUUGAAGCUCCAUUCGGCGGAGGAAACCGCUAUAAUGGGCGUUCAUCACAAAUGUGGACUUAAAAACAGUUUUCGUGCUCGCGGAUUUAGAUAAAAAACAACACAUCUUAACGCCCGCUAGCUAACGUCGCUCCUCUGCUCUGAUCACGCCGAGGGUCUUUAAACGAGGGACAUAAGCAGAAACUUAAGGGGGAAACAAGUCUAAGCUGCAACCAUGUCUGGGGCAUCUGUAAAAGUCGCCGUCCGUGUACGGCCCUUCAACUCCAGGGAGAUGAGCAAGGACUCAAAAUGUAUCAUUCAGAUGCAAGGGAACACUACAACUAUUUCCAACCCCAAAGCCCCAAAAGAACCAGCAAAGACCUUCAGUUUUGAUUAUUCCUACUGGUCACACACUACGCCCGAGGACCCCUGCUUUGCAUCACAGAACCUUGUAUACAAUGACAUUGGCAAGGAAAUGCUGGAGCAUGCUUUUGAGGGAUACAACGUCUGCAUUUUUGCCUAUGGCCAGACAGGAGCUGGCAAAUCCUACACCAUGAUGGGCAAGCAGGAGGAGGGGCAAGAAGGAAUCAUUCCCAUGCUCUGUGAAGAUCUAUUUGAGAAAAUCAAUGAGGACAGCAACAAAGAGGAGCUCUCAUACUCAGUGGAGGUCAGUUACAUGGAGAUCUACUGUGAGCGGGUACGAGAUUUGCUCAACCCUAAGAACAAAGGGAACCUACGGGUGCGAGAACACCCACUACUGGGUCCCUAUGUGGAAGAUCUGUCCAAACUAGCUGUCACCUCCUACACAGACAUCGCUGACUUGAUGGAUGCAGGCAACAAGGCUAGAACUGUGGCUGCCACCAACAUGAACGAGACCAGCAGCAGGUCACAUGCUGUUUUCACAAUCGUCUUCACACAGAAAAAACACGACAGUGAAACAGACCUCUCCACAGAAAAGGUCAGUAAAAUUAGUCUGGUAGACUUGGCUGGGAGUGAGCGAGCAGAUUCCACUGGAGCUAAAGGUACCAGGCUAAAGGAGGGAGCAAACAUCAACAAAUCUCUCACAACGUUAGGGAAGGUUAUCUCUGCCUUAGCUGAAGUGGAUAACUGUACGAGCAAGAGCAAGAAGAAGAAGAAGAGUGAUUUCAUCCCAUACAGAGACUCUGUCCUGACAUGGCUGCUGAGGGAGAACCUCGGUGGAAACUCAAGAACAGCCAUGGUAGCUGCCCUCAGUCCUGCAGAUAUCAACUAUGAUGAAACUCUCAGCACUCUCCGCUAUGCUGACAGAGCUAAGAACAUCAAGUGCAAUGCUGUCAUCAAUGAGGAUCCCAACAAUAAGCUGGUGCGUGACCUGAAGGAUGAAGUAGCCCGGCUGAAGGAACUGCUCCGUGCACAGGGCUUGGGAGACAUCCUGGACAUUGAUCCUAUGGGGGAUGAUUACCCAGGAAGUGGAAUCAAAUACCUCAAAGACAUUCAGAACAAUAAGAAUAGAUACUUGAUAGCCUCAGAGAACCAACGCCCUGGCCAUUUCUCCACAGCACCUAUUGGUUCCCUGACAGUCUCUCCAUCCUCUGGCUCACUGUGCAGCCAGGGGGGCCUUCAGUCGGUCACCAGCAUCCAAGAGCGCAUCAUGUCCACCCCUGGAGGAGAGGAGGCCAUCGAAAGACUCAAGGAAUCAGAAAAGAUCAUUGCUGAGCUCAAUGAAACUUGGGAAGAGAAACUUCGAAAGACAGAAGCAAUCCGCAUGGAAAGGGAGGCCUUGCUCGCUGAGAUGGGUGUGGCAAUCCGUGAAGAUGGAGGCACUCUGGGAGUCUUCUCUCCUAAAAAGACUCCACACUUGGUUAACUUGAAUGAGGAUCCUCUCAUGUCCGAGUGUCUGCUCUAUUACAUCAAAGAUGGAAUUACCAGGGUGGGUCAGGCUGAUGCUGAGAGACGACAGGACAUUGUUUUAAGUGGUGCUCAUAUCAAGGAAGAGCACUGCAUCUUCCGCAGCGAGAGGAAUGCCAACGGAGAUGUUAUCGUCAUGCUGGUGCCCUGUGAGGGAUCAGAGACAUACGUCAAUGGCAAACGUGUUGAAGAUGCAGUCCAGCUUCGUUCAGGUAACCGUAUCAUUAUGGGAAAGAACCAUGUGUUCCGGUUUAACCACCCAGAGCAGGCUAGAGCUGAGAGGGAGAAGACACCAUCUGCUGAGACCCCUGUGGAGCCGGUCGAUUGGACUUUUGCUCAGCGAGAGCUUCUGGAGAAGCAGGGUAUCGAUAUGAAGCAGGAGAUGGAGAAACGGCUUACCGAGAUGGAAAUCUUGUACAAAAAGGAAAAGGAAGAGGCAGACCAACUUUUGGAGCAGCAGCGAUUGGUGUAUGAGAGCAAACUACAGGAGCUUCAGAAACAGGUGGAGACAAUUUCUCUGGUAGCAGAAACUCCUGAUGAAGAAGAGUUGGAGGAGGAGGAGGAAGAGGAAGUGCCAUGGACUCAGCAUGAGUUUGAGCUGGCUCAGUGGGCCUUCAGGAAAUGGAGGUACCAUCAGUUCACCUCCUUACGUGACCAGCUGUGGGGAAACGCUGUCUACCUGAAGGAGGCCAACGCCAUCAGUGUGGAGUUAAAGAAGAAAGUACAGUUCCAGUUCGUUCUGCUAACAGACACGUUGUACUCCCCGCUGCCCCCUGAGCUCCUCCCCCCAGAGCCAGAAAAGGAGCGCGACUCCAGACCGUUCCCCCGCACUGUGGUCGCUGUAGAGGUUCAGGACCUAAAGAAUGGAGCUACACACUACUGGUCCCUGGAAAAACUCAAGCAAAGGCUGGACCAGAUGAGAGAAAUGUAUGACAGAGCAGGAGAAAUGGCGUCAUCGCACCAGGAGGAUGGCGAGGGUGGUCUGACAGGAAACGACCCUUUCUAUGACCGUUUCCAUUGGUUUAAACUUGUGGGGAGCUCCCCAAUCUUCAACGGUUGCGUCAAUGAGCGUCUGGCUGACCGCACACCCUCGCCCACCUUCUCCACCACCGACUCUGAGAUCACGGAGAUGGCAGAUGAGCGCCAGAGUGAGAUGUCCGACUUGAUAGACGACGAGGCGUUUGUGGACGACACCAGCUCCGACGCCGGCACUGAAGAAGGCUCAGACAUCUUCAGUGACGGCCAGGACCCGUUUUAUGACCGCUCCCCCUGGUUCAUCCUGGUGGGAAGAGCUUUUGUGUACCUGAGCAACCUGCUGUACCCUGUUCCACUGGUGCACCGGGUUGCUAUAGUAACCGAGAAGGGCGAGGUGCGUGGCUUCCUGCGCGUUGGGGUUCAGGCUAUAGCUGCUGACGAGGAGGCCCCAGACUACGGGUCAGGAGUUAGACAGUCAGGAACUGCCAAGAUCUCCUUUGAUGACGAGUACUUCAAAAAGAAUGACUUUCCCUCCACCGUCAUGACCCGCUCUGGCAUGUCCCUGGAAGAGCUGCGCAUUGUGGAGGGUCAGGGUCAGACUUCGGAGGUCAUCACCCCCUCAGAGGAGCUCAACAGAAUCAAUGACAUGGACCUCAAGCUGGGAAAUGUCACAGAGACUAAACUGGGUCUUGGCGACAGUCUAGCAGAGCAACUGGAGGUGGGCAGCAUCUUCACUUUCCGUGUGACUGUGCUCCAGGCCAGUGGCAUCCCUCCCGAGUAUGCAGACAUCUUCUGCCAAUUCAAUUUUCUGCAUCGUCACGAUGAGGCUUUCUCCACUGAGCCUUUGAAGAAUGGUGGCAGAGGAGCCCCUCUGGGCUUUUACCAUGUUCAGAAUAUUUCAGUUGAGGUCACUGAGUCGUUCAUUGAGUACAUCAAGAACAAGCCUAUUGUGUUUGAAGUGUUCGGGCACUACCAGCAGCACCCGCUGCAUCUUCAAGGACAGGACCUGAUCAGUCCUCCAACACCAUCAAGGAAAUACUACCCUAUUCCCAUGCCUCUGUCUAAACCAGUUCCAGCCACGAAGUUGAACACCAUCACCAAGUCCAACCUGGGACAGUGUGUCAGCAAGUACGACCUGCUGGUGUGGUUUGAGAUCAGUGAGCUGGAGCCCACUGGAGAGUACAUCCCAGCUGUAGUGGAUCACAGUGGAGGACUGCCCUGCCAUGGUACCUACUUGCUUCAUCAGGGAAUCCAGCGGAGGAUCACUGUGACUCUCAUCCAUGAGAAAGGAAGCGAGCUCCACUGGAAGGAUGUCCGAGAGCUGGUUGUUGGUCGUAUUAGGAGCAAAGCUGAGGUUGAUGACAGCGCUGCAGAUGCUGUCCUCUCCCUGAACAUCAUCUCUGCCAAGAACAUUAAAUCAUCCCACAACUCCAACAGGACUUUCUACCGCUUUGAGGCAGUGUGGGACAGCUCACUGCACAACUCCCUUCUGCUGAACAGAGUCACUCCAUAUGGAGAGAAGAUCUACAUGACCCUAUCUGCGUAUCUUGAGCUGGACCACUGUAUCCAGCCUGCUAUUAUUACCAAAGACAUCUGCAUGGUGUUCUACUCAAGAGAUGCAAAGAUCUCUCCUCCUCGUUCCCUCAGGAACUUAUUUGGGAGUGGAUACUCUAAAACGCCUGACUGCAAUCGAGUCACUGGUAUAUAUGAGCUGAGCUUGUGCAAGAUGUCUGACUCUGGAAGUCCAGGGAUGCAGAGAAGACGGAGGAAGAUCUUGGACACAUCAGUGGCUUAUGUGCGUGGAGAGGAGAACCUUGCUGGCUGGAGGCCCAGAGGAGACAGUCUCAUCUUGGAGCACCAAUGGGAGCUUGAGAAAAUGGAGCAGCUGCAUGAGGUGGAGAAGACCCGUCAUCUGCUCCUGCUGAGGGAGAAGCUGGGCGAAUCAGCUCCUGUGGGAACAGCUCCCACCACCAAAUCCCUGAGUGAGUUGUUGUCCCCCAGCAUGAGCUCAGGCAGCCUGUCCACCUCCACCUCCAUUUCCUCACAGAUCUCCAGCACCACCUUUGAAAGUGCCAUCACCCCCAGCGAGAGCAGUGGCUACGACUCUGCCGACAUUGAGAGCCUGGUGGAUCGUGAGAAGGAGCUGGCUACUAAGUGCCUGCGCCUCCUGACACACACCUUCAACAGUGAAUACAACCAGAUGGUCAACAGUAUCAGUGACUGCAAGCUGUCAGACAUCUCACCAAUGGGGCGUGACCCAUCAGUGACCAGCUUCAGUAGCGCCACCCUCACCCCCUCUUCCACCUGCCCAUCUCUGGCUGAUUCUCGCUGUGGAUCCCUGGACCAGAAGACUCCAGAGAACAGCUCCCGUGCCUCCAGUCCUUCCUGCUCAGACUAUGAAAACUUCCCCAUGGUUCCCACUGUGGAGACCUCCUACUUGGCACGAGCUGGAAAAAAUGAGUUCCUCAACUUGGUGCCUGAUAUUGAAGAAAUGAGGCCAGGAUCUGUUGUCUCUAAGAAAGGUUUCCUGAGCUUCAUGGAGCCGCGCUCUAACUCAUGGGUGAAGCACUUUGUGGUUGUUCGCCGGCCCUAUGUUUUCAUCUAUAACAGUGACAAGGACCCAGUUGAGCGGGGCGUCCUCAACCUUUCCACAGCACAGGUGGAAUACAGUGAAGACCAGCAGGCUAUGCUCAAGACUCCGAACACGUUUGCUGUGUGCACAAAACACAGAGGAAUCCUCCUGCAGGCCAACAAUGAGAAAGACAUGAACGACUGGCUGUAUGCCUUCAACCCGCUUCUAGCAGGAACGAUAAGAUCCAAACUGGCAAGGCGGCGCAGUGGCCUGUUGAAGAACUGAGUGAGACGCUCAACAGAAGAAAAAAACACAGCUUCCGUUGUUCCUGGAAAGCUUUGAACAUACCAAGUGUUAACACUUAUUAAUCAUUGUGAUUCUUGACGGUUUUCUCUUGUAAGUAGACUUGUGGCUUAAGUCUCCUUUCAUGCGACUAAAAGUUUCAGUUCCAGAGGAAUUUGCCUCCCCGCCUUCUCCCUCCCACAACCCUCUGACAGCUUAGCUUUCCUCCUCUUUCUCUUCCCUGUCUCCUGCCUCUCUCUCCUCCUCUUCAGCUUUUAGUAUUUUUGUUUCUAUGACAAUGUUUGGGUCUAAUUUUGGUACGCUUCGUUGUCAUUCCCUGACUCCCCUGACUAGUAGCAUGUUGUAAUAGUCUACUUGUGUGUGCACGAUUCUUCAGAAACCGUUCUUUCAGGCCACAGAUUUCAGUUUGCCAAUCAUCUGUAAAAAAAAAUGUCUCUAUCAGUGUUCUUUGUGUCAAGAGAAGAUUUUAUUUUACUAUUUUCUUUUCUUAUUUUUUUAUUUUAUGCCCGCAUGUUAACUGCAGCAGUCCUCAGGAGUAGACCAGGUUUCUUACUCAAAAAAUAAACGUAAAAAAUUAGUGAAAUCAUGAAGGGAAAAUGAACAAAUAUCUCCAAUUGACAUAUCUGUUUACAUUCUACUAGCGAGGCUAUGUAAAGAUCUAGUGCUGCUAAUGAAUUUAUAGGCGUAACAUCCCUAGAUUUGCAUUAGGCGACUGCCUAUAGCUCCCCUUAACCGCCUCCAAGAUAUCCUUUAGAAAGAAAUUAGACCGAGAAAAUGGUCAAAAUAAGCCAAACAUGAGGGCAGCACUGGAUACUUCACUUUCAUCUAUGUGAUAUAGAGAUCCCACUCCUCAGUCCAUGUAAAUACACCAGCUCCCACCCCUGAUAGUCCCGUCAGUCAGUGAGUGAUACAACAAAACAUAUAUGCUUACUGAACAAACUUACAAAGAUGAUUUCAUAACUCAGAAAACAUGACGACAGAUUGUUCCUGCAGGAGUAGAUAUUCGUCCCUUUCCUUUUGGUUUUCAAAGGAAAGAAAAGCAGGGUUUCAAGGAGAGAAAGAGGAGGGAGAGGGGCACCAUUUGUACAUACAGUCUGUUCUGGGAUUUAGUGUGGUAGUUAUCUCUCAUUGAAAACAUUCCUCUCAGCUCCUCUUGCUCUUUGCAGUCCUUUCUUCCACUCUCAUGUUUAGUCUUGGAACUUAAAAAUGUCUCAACAUUUGCUUCAAGUUAGCUUAAAAACAGAACCUGUGGACACAGGAGGAUGAAGUCUGACUGAGAAUGAAGUGGCUCUAGAAGUGUUAGCAUUGAUGCCAGUAGUUUACUGAUGAAGCUGCUAGUAUGUAGCCUGCAGGACGAUGACGACAGUCUAACCCAUGACUCACUCAGUGAAGAACUUAUUGCAGGUUACCAUUUGUUUUCUCAUUUAACUCUCAUUGAAUUAUUUUUUUUGUAUUAUUAUUAACACAUUUGAUUUUUUUAUUAUUAUGCUUUUAACCAUUCCAUAGUGAAGUUUUUUAUGAAAUGCAAAAGAGGGCAUUUAUUAUUACUUAAUUUGUAACCAACUUUAUUGGUGUUCAACCUUAUUUUGCACAUUAACACAUAUCUAUAGCAAGACAAGGGCAGAUCAUCACAGGAUUAUUUUUGAGUAUCAGGAUCACUGGUAAGAGCACAUAUCAGGGCUACACUGGAUAGCUGUAAAAGGUUUAGGAAUAAAGAAAGAAAAGAAAGAAGAGAUUUUUAAAGGGAGGACAUAUACUCAAAGGUUUUAUUUCUGGUAUUGUUUAUGAAAAUAUUUGCUCUGUACAUCGUACUAAAGCUGUUACAUUUGGCUCCUGAUAAAACUGAACAUUUGGUGCCUCUGUUUCUGGUAUGAUGAGUGCAGACAGGCGAGUAAAACUCUGGCCAACCAACCAGUAGUAUGCCAGCUGUAUUGUAUUAAAGGGGCAACAGAGGUAGCCAUAUCUAUAACAAGAAAAAGUGGAGUUAUUGUUGACAUAUGUGCAGAAAGUAUUUGUCUUAGUGGUCAGAAUGAAAUUGCAGUUUGUUUGAGUUUGUAGCCUCAGGUCUGCCAACCUGUUGGUCAAAGAAAGAAAAAAACUUGGUAAACUAUUUGUGAUAAAAUGAUUUUGACUGUAAAAGUAAUAAGAUGUGAAAAAUCUAGAUUAAAAUAUUGUAUCUAUGCACUGAUUGAGUCGUAAAGUGCAGUGUACCUCAUGUGGAUGCUCCACGUAAGCGAUGCAUAUUAAUGUUACGAUGCCUGUCAGAGCAAAUGUUUUCACUUCAGUGACUAACUUUGCAGAGGUCUAUUAUUUUGGAUUGUGUGUAUUUAUUGUUUGCAAUGUAUAUAUUAGUUUGCAGCUCUUUGCACAUAUCAAUAAAAGGUUCAACUAACUGAUCAAAUAAAGUCUGUGCGGUUUAGUUGUUCUACUCAGAAUGAACCAAAUGAUCGUGUGGCAGCAUCUGCCGCUCUCGACUGGAAGAGUGUGUAAUGUAAUAUGAAGAUGUGUGUUUCUCCAUCAUUAAAAAAGGCUAAAGAAGAGAAUUAAAUGUAACUUGCUGCAUCUUUUCUGAGCAGCUAAAUUACACACAUUUUCUUUAUUAGAAAGGUGUUCGAGUGAAAGUCUGGUUUUGAUUUGAAUACUCACUUCUCAUGCUCACUUCAUUCCAACUAAAUAAAGGUGGUUUGUCUAUUUUUUCUAAAAUCAGGGAAUAGAAUACAAAGUAGCUAGUUACAUUUCAAAUGACAGUAUACUGUUGUUGUACUGGUGUCUUUCUUCACCUCAACACUUUUUUUUUCCGUUGAUGCCUUUCUAAGAAAACUAGCCAGGAUAUUUCCCAUCAUACCUUCUGAUCAUUGAUAUCAGUUAAGUAUGCUCCAUUUGGAUUUGUUCCCCCACAGAAAAAAACAGACCAUGACAUUAAACACUGUACAUUA